AUGGAGAUCGGGAAGAAGAGGCCAGCGCUGUCGCUGAAGAAACUCCAUAUCUCUCCAAUUGUCUCGGCUUCAACCGCUCCCAGUGGCGACCAGGCAUGCGAAGUGGAGGAAGAGGACGAGUAUGAUUUCUCUGAUGUCUUCGGACACGACCCGACAGCCCUCAAUCCAUCUUCUUCGGAGUCACCGGCGGCCCGCCUCCUCGUCGAGAUCAUCCACGCCAGGUCUCAUUCCUUGGUCGGGCCCUCUCCCCGCCUGAUUACCUCCUCCUCCUUUAAGGACGAAACAGCGGCAGCUGCUGCUGCUGCUGCGGCUGCUGGGGAGGAAAGUAGCGAUGAGGAGGUGGAGGGGGACGGGGCAGUGGAAGAGGGACCCCGUAAGGUGGGCCCGUCGGACUUCGAGAUACUCAGGCUCGUGGGGCGCGGAGCAUUCGGGAAGGUUUUCCUGGUGAGAAAGAAGGCGCGGGGGAUCGACGACAAAGGAGAAGGGGAAGAAAUGGAGAUUUUCGCCAUGAAGGUAAUGCGGAAGGAGACUAUCAUAAAGAGAAACCAGGUGGAGUACAUGAGGGCUGAGAGGGAUAUACUUACCAAGAUCACCCACCCCUUCAUCGUCCAGCUGCGUUAUUCCUUCCAGGUGAAUAUAUUUUUUCAGAUGCCCUCAUCUACGGCCAUCUAUCCGAUAUUAGUUUCUCUGUGCAAUUGCAUCUAUCGAAUUGCCUCUUUUUUGUCAUGCAUGAGUUGAUUUAUUGAUCGUAUAUGGUUAAUCUCAUUCAAAAAUCCAUCAAUGAACUAGGAGCUUAAUCGCAACCGUAAUGGUAAUCAGUCCCACAUUGACGGAAGUUGAUCAACUCGUAAUGAAUUUGAUGGGUGGUAUAAAACUAGGCUCAGGCCUGUGCCACCAAUACAAAGUUUAGGACAAAUUGCGUUCCACCAAUAAGCUUGGAGUAAUUUCAUACCAGCGGAGCUCCUAUCAAGGGGUCUAAAUGAGUUCCCUACACGCAGGUAGCAAGCAAGAACCAAAGAAUGCUUACUACUAAGAGACGAUAAGAACCUCAGAGGGCUUAGAUAGUCAAGAUCUCCUUUAUACGAAGAUAUCCUUCUUUGCAUGCCCUUUGUACGUAUAAUCUUCAUAGGUUUCUUCCUUCAGAAUGUUUCUAAAAUUGCAAUUACUGUAACAAAAAAUUAUGUCAUUGAAGCGAUAGCUAGCAAUAUUCUGACUUCCAUUUAUAGAUUUUAUUUAUUUGCUGGGAGGGGCUAUAGCGUCAGGAUCUUCUGGUUUGCGAGUCGGGUUUCUUGCGAUAGAGUCUCGAGUUGGCGUUUUGGGUGUAUGUUCUAGAGGGAUUUAGUGAAAGUGAGAUUCAUGAUCUACAAGCAAACCUUUAUUAUUGUGGGAUAAACUAUUGAGGAUCGUGUUAAACAUUGUCUCAGGAAAGAAACUGGGGUUUCUACCAUGUGAUUUCGCUAGAAAAUUAUCAUUGUCCCGGUCAAUGACUUGACAUUGAUUGAUUAAUAUGGUGCUACUGCUUAAACGAGAUGCAUUGAAAAAUUCUUCGCUACAAAUUUAAUAGAUGCAACGUAGAAGUCUUUUUUGAGUCCCUGAACUGAACGAUUUAACACAUUGAUAGAUAAUUGAAGAUAAAUAAGGAUGCUAUGUACUCCAUAUUCAGUGGGGCAUUUGGUGUUGUUAGGUUCAAGAAGGCUUUCCCAGUCACGUGGUGCCGUUAAUAGCAAUAAUCCUGGUGAAUUGUUACUUUGGAUUGCUCGAGGGAAGUGAGGCAACCAGGAUGUGCAGAAAGAAUCCUGUCAAAUGUCUCAGACGAACGAGAGAGGCUCCCGAUGGACUCCACUUCUGUGAUAACGAUGUGAUUAUGGGGGAAAAUCAGAAGCUGUAAGUUUAUCCUACACAUAAACACACAGGUUACCAAGGCUGUUUAGAAUGGAGGAAAGAAAAGACAUUUCACCUGAGGAGGAUUGUAAUGGUUAUUACGCAAUGAUCUGAUUUCUGAGGUUCUACAAAGCACUUUGAUACCGAGGUGAGGAAAAGGAAUGUGUUCUUUAGGUCGUGUAUGACAAUUGAUUUCUGGCUAACUAGAAUAAUAUAUUCAUGGGCUGCAUAUAUCAUCUACAGAUAAGACAAGUUUCUUUGCUCUAUAGCCAUGAGCUCGAGUGAUUUCACUUAGUCAGUCUUAGUCUGCACGAGUCAAUUUUUCGACAAGAAAUGUUUAAUUUUCUAGCUCGUGUGAAUGAAAGUUCCUGUCAUAAUUUAAUUUUUUUCUCGUAAUCUUUUUUAAGUUUUGGAUUUUGUUAGGCGUGUUUUCUUUCUUAAAUUUUUGGCAGAUUAAUGCGUUAAUUCUUUGUAUGGUUACCCGACAUUUCAGAGGCAAAAUAUAAGCUCUGCCUGACUCUCAACUUUAUAAAAUUUUUCUCAUGAAAUUUUCAAGUUUUGUCAAAAUAUUUUAGUCCCAUAAACGUUUGACGGAAUAAGGCAUCGAUUAUCUGUUUGGUUACCUGACAUUCUACAGACAAAAUCCAAGCUCUACCUGAUUCUUGACUUUAUAAACGGAGGACAUCUGUUCUUUCACUUGUACCGGCAGGGAAUGUUCAGGUACCUUCCGAUUACUGUUCUGUCUUUCGGACUACGCUGCCCGUGCAUUGUUUUUUUCUGAAUCAAGGCAUUGGGUCUGUCUUGGGUAGCGAGGACCAGGCGAGGUUUUACACCGCCGAGAUAGUCUCCGCCGUUUCACAUCUGCACAGCAACGGGAUCGUUCACCGGGAUCUUAAGCCUGAAAACGUUCUAAUGGACGCCGACGGCCACGUGAGAGCCGAGCCGAUCCCCCCCACCCGACCACCAUCUUCCCUCGAUGCCGACCAUGAAAUUCAGCCCCAAUUAACGUCCAAGAUUGAUCAUUUGUGCAGGUGAUGCUGACGGAUUUUGGGCUUGCGAAGGAGAUCAACGAGUCGGACCGCUCGAACUCCAUGUGCGGGACGACGGAAUACAUGGCCCCGGAGAUACUGCUCUCCAAGGGGCACAACAAGGAUGCUGACUGGUGGAGCAUUGGGAUCCUGCUGUUCGAAAUGUUGACUGGACAGGUGGGUCGGCUGGUCUCCUUCUUUGGAGUCAGGGGCGGGCUUUCUUCUCCUCCUGAUUCUCUCUUUGGCCCCUUCUCCCAGCCUCCUUUCACGCACCCGAACAGACAGAAGCUUCAACAGAGGAUCAUCAAUGAGAAGAUGAAGCUGCCGCCCUAUCUGAGCAGUGAAGCGCAUUCUCUGCUGAAAGGGGUAAGCACAAUACCGGCCGGUCCGGCGCCUGUCCUCACGUCUUGCAUCCCGGAGGGGCCUUCUUUAUCUUCCUGUCUUCAUCAGCUGCUUCAGAAGGACCCAACGAAGAGAUUGGGCAGCGGACCGGAGGGAGGGGAUCAAGUGAAGAAACACAAAUGGUUCAGGCAGAUCGUCUGGAAGAAGCUGGAGGCGAGGGAGCUGAAUCCCAAGUUCAAGCCGGACGUGAGCGGCAGAGACUGCACGGCCAACUUCGACCAGUGCUGGACUUCGGCACCCACGGACGACUCCCCGGCGCCGACGCCUACCUCCGGCGAGCACUUCCACGGAUAUUCCUAUGUGGCGCCGAACCCUUGGAGCAGCCAAUGA